AAGACUUCCAAGAAGAGCAAAACCAACUUAAAAGCCUCAUUCUUGCCCAGUAAUUCUAGCUCUCUAUAGCAUCAAAUUAUUUAAAACAAGAAGUUCGCUAACCAUGGGCAACAUUUUAGGAGGGAAACAGACUGUAAAGAUCAUGAAGAUAAGCGGGGAAACGUUCAAGUUAAAGACGCCGGUGAAGGCCGGUGAGGUGAUUAAGGACUAUCCAGGUCUUGUUCUCCUAGAAUCAGAGGCAGUUAAGCAUUAUGGGAUUAGGGCAAAGCCUCUGGAACCACACCAGGGGUUGGUGCCCAAGAGGCUCUAUUUCCUAGUAGAGCUCCCAAAAGCUUCAACAGAGAAAACAACGAGAAGGGUUCGGUCGGAGAUUACCAUGAGUGCUAAAGACAGGCUCGAGAACCUAAUGCUAGCAAGAAGAUCAACAUCUGAUCUUUCGAUAAUAAACCCUAGUUCCUCCAGCAGCAGCAUUGUCCCCGAGGAAAGCGGUGCAAUGAGGGUGAAGAUGAGGUUGCCCAAGGCACAAGUAGAGAAGUUAGUGCAAGAAAGCAAGGACGAGGCAGAGGCAGCUGCUAAGAUUGUGGAUCUUUGCAUGGCAAACAAAGGAGGUAAAAAUUCCAGUGAAAUUGCCCCACAACAACAACUGCAUUGGAAGAACGGCCAUGGCAGAGCAGAGACCGAAAGUGUCAGGGCACGUAAGCGAGUGACUUUCCAUCCGAUCAGUGAAGGAGAGAUGCAAAUAGCAGUGGCUUCUUAUUGAGAAAAAAAUUCAAAUGAUGAAAUAUAAUACGUGAUGGAUUACUAUAAAUAAAUUAUGAUAAAUUAUGCAUUCUCUCAGCUUCAGCCUACAAAUUCUCAUCUGCCAAACAUUCCCUUGUAUGUCUCCAUUCUUGUACAUAGAACAAUUUAAAGGGAUUUUGAGAUUCUGAUCAGUGAGGAUUAUGAAAGAGCAUAAAGUGAGAGACAUGUAAACUUCGACCUUUCACAAUGACUAUACCUCUAUGAUGAUUAGGAGUUAAUUUUCUUCUUAUACAUAUAGUAGCUGGCUUUUUUUUGUUAUUA